UGUUACAGGUAUUACGUUUUAUCUUCAGACUCUUCAUUCAGUGUCCAAAAUGAAGCCUAUUGUGUUACUUCUAGUCAUCGCGCACUUCACAUCCGGGAUACUCUUUACAAUUAAGCCUCAGAAUGUAGAAAACCAUUUGGACGUUGCCAGGAGCUCGGAGAAUCUCUAUUUUCUAUUCACAAGACUGAACCCCACAACAGGCCAACAGCUUACCAUGGACAAGGAUUCCAUCCUGGCCUCAAACUUCAAUCCUAGCCAGCCAACGGUGGUCGUCUGCCACGGAUACACCCAGAGUUUAAACAGCCAGAUCAACCAGCUCAUCCGAGACGCUUAUCUCCAAAUCGGUGACUUCAACGUCAUCAUCCUGGAUUGGAGCCACUCAGCUCAAGGCAUCUACACGAGCGCGAUUGCCUCCGUCCCCUCAGUAGGCCAAGCCCUUGGUUCAAUGCUUCUGUUCAUCCAUGCCGUGACUGGGACUCCUCUGGAGACCAUACACGUGGUCGGCUUUAGCCUUGGAGCUCAUGUUGCUGGCACCGCUGGACGAACUACGGGCAGCAGAGUUGGACGGGUUACAGGAUUAGACCCCGUCAGCCCAAUCUGGCUCAUAAACAGGAAUCGCAUUGCCUCCACCGACGGCAUCUACGUCGAAUGCAUCCACACUUACGGCAACAACGGGGGUGUGGCCUGGGGAGAUGUUGACUUCUACGUCAACGGUGGCGGCUCCCAACCCGGCUGCGUUCUCUCCACCUGCAGUCACAACAGAUCUUAUCAGAUCUUUGCCGCGACUGUCAAGUAUGACCACUUGGUCGGAAAACAGUGCGGUAGCCAGGAUGAUGUUGUGGUCGGAGUUUGCUCCGGUCCUGAACUACCUUUGGGUAAUGGUGCCGUCCAAAAGUCUGGAUCUGGAUUAUAUUACGUCAGCACUGGGCGAAGCUAUCCAUAUUGAUUAGACAAAAAAUAUGUGGCUUAUCACGGAAAAGUUCCUAAGCUUCCAACAAAAAAUAGAUGAAAUGGUCCUUAUUACGUCAUUUCUUCCCUGAAAUGUAUUUUGAAUACGCUUACUUAUACAUUGUGAAUUUUAAGUAUUUAGUAUUAGUUGCAUUCCUUUGAAAAUAAGAAAGAGAUAAUAAAUUGAUAUUGAACUA